AUGGUAUUCAAAUUAAAUGCUGAAGUUGCUGUUUGUGGUGGGAAACUUUUAAAGCUUUCUCAUAAAUCCGAAGUUUGCAAAACUUUGAUGGACGUAAACGUCUAUGUUCCAAGACAAUACCAAAGUGGUUCUGCUAAAAGAAUUCCAACCCUUUAUUAUCUAUCUGGUUUGACAUGCUCACCCCAAAAUGCUUCUGAAAAGGCAUUUUGGCAGAUUGAAGCUGAUAAAUAUGGAUUUGCGCUUGUAUUUCCAGAUACAUCUCCCCGUGGUGAUGAUGUACCAACAGAUCCUGAAAAUGGAUGGGAUUUUGGUAUUGGAGCAGGUUUCUACGUUAACGCUACCCAAAAACCAUAUGUGAAACAUUAUAAUAUGUAUGACUAUAUCCAUAAAGAAUUGCCAGUUUUAUUAGACGCCUUCUUUAGAGAAAAGGAUGCUGGCUGCACCAUUGAUUUCUUGAGAAAUAUUGGUAUUACAGGCCAUUCUAUGGGAGGAUUUGGAGCUUUGUCUGGAUUCUUGAAGAAUUAUGGUAAGGAAGUGGGUGGCUACAGAUCUUGCUCUGCGUUUGCUCCAAUUGGAAACCCAUCUUCAGUGCCAUGGGGUGAGAAAGCCUUCGGCGGUUACCUAGGACCUGAUAAAAGAGCUUGGGAAGAAUAUGACCCUUGUUCAUUGUUUGGAAAAGUUGAAAAUACUGGUAAGGAUAGAAUAUUGAUUCAUGUAGGUACUAAUGAUCCCUUUUUGGAGAAACAGUUAAAACCUGAAUUGUUGUUAACCGCAACUGCGGGUACGUCUUGGGAAGGUAUGGUUGACUUACAUAUGGAGGACGGGUUCGACCAUUCAUACUACUUUGUGAGUUCCUUUGUUCCAGAACACGCAAAAUUUCAUGCAAGAAACCUUGGUCUAAUCUAA